AUGACCGCUCCACUAUUGGAUGAGGUGGAUACUGUUAUGCAGAAUUACUUCGCGGCGCUCACUUCCAAGGAUGAGGAUAUUUUUAGGUUGUAUGAAGACAACAAACGGAUGCGUACACUGGUGCAAGAAACCCUCAAAGCUCGUGAGGAUUUGGAAGCGCAUAGCAGGAGUCAAGCACUGCUUAUCACCUCUCUGAAGACUGAGCUGCAUGAGAAAAACUGUCUCAUUGAGGCUCAAGACGACGAAAGCAGUGUACUACGUGAGGGCAUUGCCGAGCUGCGCGUACUGUUCGGCUGUCGCUCAGAGCUGAACUUUAGCCCUCAGGACGUCAUUUCAAAAGUGAGGGAUGUUGUAAAGCGGCAUGACUAUCUGCAAGCCGUGUUGAAUAGGAUGAGUGAUCAUCACGAGCGGAGUCAUCAAGCAGCAUUACAAAACCUAAUCGAUGAGGAGGCACGCGCGCGCCGUGAAGUAGAGGGUGCAGCCCAGUUCCUCUAUCAUUCUUCGAUUGUCUGGUCCUACCAUCAGCAGGCCGAGGCCAUCAGCUGUUUGGAAGAAGAGCUAGGCCAACAACGGCGCGCGGCCGAGGAAGUGCGUGCAGACUUUUCUGAACAACUGCAGUUGUGUACCCAACGCUUAGAACUCGAAACCACGCGAAAUGCCCGACAAGCUGAGGGAAUGAGCACUCAACUUGCUUCGGUGAAGAUGCAUGCGUCUAUCAUGCAACUGGAACUACUAGAAGAGCGAGAGCGGGCAGCGUUUGCACUAGAAGGAAUACUAGGCUUAGUGCAGGACGUGUGGGAGCCGUGGUGUGUAGUGAUCGAGCGUCACCGCCGACAACAGACUGUAAAACGGCAGGCUCUAGAACGAAAGACCACCGAACUCACCGCGCAGCUUGAUUCGCUUCAAGCGAAGCAUGCUAGCACGACUGAGGCUCUCGAAAAUCUCCAACACACACAUCGUAGACAACAAAAACACAUCCUGAAAUUGGAGGAGAAGGUGGGGGAACUCGAUACGUGUCGCAACACCCUUCAGGAGAUCCGUCUAAAACAUGAGAAAGUCCUUGAGCGGCUUCGUAAGGUGCAACAACAAUACCAGGCGGCUACGCAGACCGCCGCUGAAACCUCACGGGAACAUGAAAAGCAACUUGAGGAGGCCACGAAAAAGACCGACCGCUUAACACAGCAGAAUACUUUUCUCUACAAGGAUGUCAAAGCACUUGAAAAACGCGUUGAGGGGCUUACGAAACGUGCGCAAACCCUCGAAGCCCAGCUCCAGCAGCUUCGAAAAGAGAAGCAAGUCGAGGCAUGCGAGGCCGAAGCCAAGGUCUUUGCGAUGGAGCAUGAGGUCCAGCGGGCACGGCAGGAGUACGAAGGGCGCUUGGCAGCAGACAAGGCUGUACUCCAAGACCACGUCAAAGAACUCGAGGUGGAGCGGGAGGAUUUGAAAGGGCGUUUGGAUCGAUCUCAGAGCGCCCAUGCGGAGGGGAAAAAACGUUUCGUGGCGGAAAUCGCGGAGUGGGCUGGCCUCGCAGAGGCGUUAAAAGCGCAGCUUGUGGAAGCUCGUACUCAGCUUGAGAAGGAGUCGACGGCGCGGAAGGUGCUGGAAAGCAGCCAGCGCACUGAAUCCGAGCUUCUCUCCAAGCUUAUUGCGAACUCUUCGACAAACACGUCGUUGGCAUCGCCAGGGAGACUCGUGGAACUAACAAACGGGGGCUCUUUUCUAAAUCAGUCCUCCGUCAACCCUGCGGCUCCCGUCCUCGCGACUAGGGAUGGAAAUGAGGCAUCUGGCGAAUUGACGCGGGCACUGGAGAGUGAGAAGGUGCUUCGGCAUCAAGUCCAAAUUCUCGAGCAGAGCUGUCGUCGGAGCACUGCGGUCAUCUCGGAGCUGCGUGAGGCGUUGUAUCGUGAGCGUAUGGAGCGGGAAACCCCCCAGCGAUGA